AUGACUCUGACAAAAUUUUUAGUAAAAAGUACAGCAAGAAUCGCAUUAGUGGGUUUUACUAUAAAAGUUAUAUGUGAUACAAAUGCCUUCUCUACAAAUUCAAAAGAAACUGAAGAAAAGUUCCAACAAUUAGUAACUGAAAUUGUCCCAGGAACACUUGGAAUACAAAAACAGCUAGUAACCAUGAAAGAUGGGGCACGGGAUGAAUAUAAUAAAACUGUUGAUGGGAUAUUUACAGCAAUUAAUUAUUUUCCAGCAACUGUUAGUAAUUUUGCAAAGUCAUGUUAUAAAUUCCCAUUAUUAGAGAAAAAGAUUGAACAUUGA